AUGCUCAAGUCUCGGCUCCGCAUGUUCCUGAACGAGCUGAAGCUGCUGGUGCUGACGGGCGGGGGGCGGCCCCGGGCCGAGCCGCAGCCCCCGGGGGGCGGGGGGAGCGGCUGCGGCUGGGCGCCCUUCUCGGGCUGCUCCGCCCGGGACGGCGACGGCGACGAGGAGGAGUACUACGGGUCGGAGCCGCGGGCCCGGGGCCUGGCCGGCGACAAGGAGCCGCGGGCCGGACCCCCGCCGCCGCCCGCGCCGCCCCCGCCGCCCCCGGGCGCGCUGGACGCCCUGUCCCUCAGCAGCAGCCUGGACAGCGGGCUCCGAACCCCCCAGUGCCGGAUCUGCUUCCAGGGCCCGGAGCAGGGGGAGCUCUUGAGCCCUUGCCGCUGUGACGGCUCCGUGCGCUGCACACACCAGCCCUGCCUCAUCCGUUGGAUCAGUGAGAGGGGCUCCUGGAGCUGUGAACUCUGCUACUUCAAGUACCAGGUCCUGGCGAUCAGCACCAAGAACCCACUGCAGUGGCAGGCCAUCUCUCUGACGGUCAUUGAAAAGGUCCAGAUUGCCGCCAUAGUUCUGGGCUCGCUGUUCCUGGUUGCCAGCAUCUCGUGGCUCAUCUGGUCCUCGCUCAGCCCUUCAGCCAAGUGGCAGCGGCAGGACCUACUCUUCCAGAUCUGCUAUGGCAUGUACGGUUUCAUGGAUGUCGUUUGCAUUGGCCUCAUCGUCCAUGAAGGCUCUUCUGUCUACCGCAUCUUCAAGCGCUGGCAGGCUGUGAAUCAACAGUGGAAGGUCCUGAAUUAUGAUAAGACCAAGGACAUAGGAGGAGAUGCAGGAGGAGGGGCAGCAGGAAAGCCAGGCCCCAGGACCUCACGGACGGGCCCCCCAGCUGGGGCCCCCAGUCGGCCCCCAGCUGCCCAGCGCAUGCGGACGCUCUUGCCUCAGCGCUGUGGUUACACAAUCCUGCACCUCCUUGGACAGCUGCGGCCACCAGAUGCCCGGUCCAGCUCCCAUUCUGGCCGAGAGGUUGUCAUGAGGGUCACCACAGUCUGACCUGGACUCCAGGAGCAGGGAUCUUAAGUCAGUGCAUCAGCCAGAGAUGAGAUCUUCUGGCUGCUGGAGGUAACCACCUGGACAAGGUGUUUGGGGCACAGUGCUCCCACCAUUGAGGAUCUCUGUGAACAGCCUCCAGCUGGAGACAUUGUCUGGCCUCUACUACCUAUGGGUUAGAGACACCUGGAUGACAUUCCAGCUCCCACCGACACCGCCUCACACUCAUCCUGAGAUGGCCAGUGGGCAGGCGGAGAGAGCAGCUUUUCUUCCUAGAGAGAACCAUCUUUACCUCAGCUCUAGGGCCUCCAGCCCUCUGGCUCCACCAUGGUGACUUGGUGAAGGGAGACCAAUGCCAGAAAAAAGGGGGCUGUAGACCCCUAUUCCUCACCCCAUGGCCACAGGGCAUCUGGCAAUAAGACUAGUAAACAUUGACCUCCCGUUCCGUUCCCUGCAUGAGGGCGGGGGAUUUCCCCCUGCUCCACUCCCCCCCAUUGCAUGGGGGAAGGGCAUAAAGAAUCAUUUAUAUGCA